AUGGCUGUCAAAAACGUCGAAUAUGACUUCGGCGGCCCCCUCGGGGCCACUUGCAUCAUCUUCGGCCUGCCAAUCCUCAUGAACGUCCUCUUUCUCGCCUGCAAUGAUAUCAGCGGAUGUCCUGCCCCGGCCCUGCUGAGCCCCCGCUCGCUAACCUGGGACAACCUCAAGCUGCAGAUCCCCUGGCCAGAAGACGGGAUCUGGGGCUUUGCGAGCUGGUCAGUUACAGGGUGGGUGCUAACUUACUACCUUGUCAGCCUGGUGCUGUUUUGCGUACUGCCAGCGAGGGAGGUGCUAGGGACCAAGUUAAGGGAGUCGGGGAAGCCGCUGCGAUACAGGUUUAACGCCUUCUCGUCCAGUAUUGUGCAGCUUGUGCCCUGCGCUAUCGGCACGUACAUUCACGGCUCCAACUUUUUCCUCUGGAUAUGGAUCGCGGAUAACUACCUGCAGCUGCUUACCGCCAACCUCACCCUUGCUCUUCUUAUCUCCAUUGCCGUCUACGCCCGUAGCUUCUCCGUGAGGCCAGGUAACCCGCAACUGCGCGAACUGGCGCGCGGUGGCCACACCGGUAGCAUUAUCUACGACUUCUUCAUCGGGCGAGAGCUCAACCCGCGCGUGUACGUCCCUCUGAUCGGCGAGGUCGACCUUAAGACGUGGCUGGCGAUGCGACCGGGGCUGACGGGGUGGGUGCUGCUGAACGCGUCCUUUGCAGCCAAGCAGUACCGUGCGUACGGGUUUCUGUCAGACAGUAUGGUGUUUCUGGUGGGGGUGCAGGCAUACUAUGUCCUCGAGGGGCAGUAUGCGGAGCAGGGGAUCGUGGGCAUGAUGGACUUCAAGACAGAUGGGCUGGGCUUUAUGCUGACGUUUGGGGAUAUUGUGUGGGUGCCGUUCUUAUACUCGACGCAGUGCCGAUACCUGGCAAUGUAUCCGGUGCACAUGGGGCCGUAUGGCCUCGCGGCCGUGGGAAUCAUCUUCUCCGUGGGGCUAUACAUUUUCCGGGCCAGUAAUUCCCAGAAGAUCCUCUUCCGUGAGAACCCCGACAACCCGGCCUUCAAGAACAUGCCGUAUAUCCAGACAAGGAACGGGACGCGACUUCUCACGGGUGGCUGGUGGGGCCACGCUCGCCACAUUAACUACCUGGGCGACUGGCUGCAAUCCCUGCCAUUCUGUCUGCCCACGGGGAUCGCCGGCUGCGUGAUCCUCCCGGCCGGGGCUGCCACGGGAGCUGGAGCGGUAACGAUGCUAGACGGCAGGCAAGUGGUGCCAGGGCAUGCGGCAGGUUGGGGGAUACUGGUGACGUACUUUUACUCGGCGUGGUUUGGCAUACUGCUUGUGCACCGGGAGCGGAGGGAUAAUAGGGUAUGUACGGAGAAGUAUGGAGAGGACUGGGUUGAGUAUAAGAGAGCGGUGAGGUGGAGGAUCUUGCCAGGGGUGUACUAG